CAACUCCCAAUUCACCAACCCACCAACCCUCAUCCUAAUCUCGUCAAAUCCAGCCGGCUGUGUUACACGACCUUUUUCUACCUUUUUUAUAUUAUCCUUCAUUCUGUUGUUCUGUCAAAAUCCAGCAGUAUGAAGCAUAGUACCGCACUCAUUUACCUUUGCGCCUCUCUUGGCAUGGUGCAUGGUGCCGUGGUUCCUUAUAGCGAGGGAUCUGUCGAUCCGUUAGAUUUCGAGCAAGAGGCUUCCGCACUGGCUGUCAGAGAUGAAAAGGAUGGUAAAUGGCCAAUGUGGGAUGCCAAAAGGAAGGGAAAGCAGACAAAAAGAGACGGCGGAGAGAUGAAGAAUCACGAGAUCAACAAGGAAGAUUACAAUAAGCUCAAGGGAAAACACCCGGAGGGCCACAGAUUGAAUCCCAAAAUUGCAAAGUACAACUGCAAAGGUGAUGGAGUUACUUCGGUUUGCGAGGCUGAUUGUAUUGGAAUUCUUUGCUUCAACGUGCCAUGGAAGAUCCGAUGGGUGGGAGAUGGGCCAGAUUCCAGAGACCAGUCAGGUGCAUUGAAGGGAUUUUUGAAGGGCACCAUGGAAAAUCAGCUCAGGCAUGGAUUCUUCGUCACUGAUCAGGUGAAGGCAAAACUAGGAGACAGUCUGGAAGAAACCUGCCACGCAAGCAGCGACCAGGGAGGGAAGUCGGAAGUCAUGAUGCUUGUCAAGGGUGAUGAUAAUAAGCAACACGGAACACAGGCGAUUCAAGCUGCAAUGAAGAAGGGGAAAGUCGACAAGGGCGACUGGGUCAUCAGACUUUUCGAACAGCUCGAAGCUAAUCAGGCGCCUACUUGUGAUGCCUUGAUGGACGUAUGGGAGAAAAAGUCAACGUGGUUGCAAGCAUACAACAAAGCUUGCACUGGCGCUAUUUGGGACGAUCCACUCCACCCUAUCAACAACGCUUAUAUGCCUAUCAACGAAGCCGACAGGGUCAAGGCAGUUAAGGGUAAGGGCAAAGAGCAAGAGAUCAAGUUUUACUACCAUCGCAUGGGUCCUCUUGAUGAGUGGGUAGAGCAUGGCUGGAGGGUCGAUUCGGAGCAUGGCAGAGAUGAGAAUCCACAUCCAGAAAUUGUGUAUCAACAGGGUGAACACAAGAUCUAUGUUAUUGGGGAGGGAAAUGACGAACCUCCAACAUCGAAGCCAAAGACCGAUGAAAAGAAAUAGAGGAAAGAGUGAGGAGGAAUGUACUCGGUUGAUUGGUUCAGUGAUUCGGGUACCGUACAUUGGAAAAUUUAUAAACCAUAGAUAGACUUAUAGACCAUAGAUAAACAUAGACCUUAGAAAAGAU